CGCUCAAGCACGCUGCACGCAGCAUGCUUGAGUAGAAGGCGAGUUGUGGUAAUGGUAACUGGUACGUGCCGUACGUGCCGUACGUGUCAUACGUGCCGCUGCGUGUCCUUAUUAUUAGAGGAGUGCACAGCUGGCACGGUCAAGAUGUAAGCCAUGUAAGCUGUCAAGGCGCGGGGAUGUCGCUAGAGAAGAGCGGGUCCAGACUGUGAGAGAGAGAGAGAGAGAGAGAGAGAGAGAGAGAGAGAGGGCGACAGGGCGAGAGCAAAACGGAGAAUCAGACCUGGCAUACGCUGGCAUACACGACGAUAUUACACGAGGGCUACACGAGGGGAGAACACAGAAAUGGAGUAGCUGCAGAAAAAGGGGAAAAGGAGAUCGAUCGGUUGUCGGCCAAUAGCUGUGGCAAUGGAGGACAUCAGACUAGGUAUUAUCGUGAUUUGAACUCUCAAAAAUGGCGUCGGGUUUGCCGAAUGUUCAUCAAAAGAAGCUUGGACCAGCGCCGAUAGCAUCUUUCGAGGACUUAUCCGAAGAAGUGGAAAACGGAGAAUCGGCGGCGGCGGCGGCGUCGGCGGCGGCAGCGGCGGUAGCGGCAGGGCGAAUGCCGGGUAUCGUCGAGGUCACCACGCCGGCAACGCCUGGUAGUUCGCUCAAGACCCCUAGCACGCCACGAAUUGAUAUCAGUAGAGCAAGCAGUUCUUCGCAUCAUGAGGAUAGUAAUUCCAGGGACUCGUCACCUGAACGGGAGCUUCUUGCAGGUGCGGAUCCUCCGUCCGGUUGCAAGCUGACUCUGGGUUAUAAAGAAGACGCUCAAGAUCUGAGGUCUUCUACGGAGGAGCUGGAUUUACAGGAUCCCAUCCACGAACAGGAUCUCAAACGGGAGUCUAAAAGGCGAAAGCGAAAGGAGACCGAUGGAUCCCAAUCGGAUUAUAGCGGCAAGCAGUUAGGUCAGGAUCGUGAACGCAAGGACAGUAAUUGCUCGGAGAUAUGUUUGCUCAACAUCAGCGGUAGAACAUCUAGAUUGUCGUCAGUUGGUAGUCAAGGCUCCGGCGUCUCGGGGAAACUCUCGGUUAUGUCGGCGACUUCCUCCAGAUCUCCCAGUCCUCACAAGUGUCUACUAGAGACGUCAUUCUGCGGAAGCAAGCCGACGUUGGCUGACAAUCUGAUAGAGCCGUCGAAACCGGAAACCGAUGAUCUCGAGAAAAUACUCUUGAAGCGGGAGGCCGAUACUACGAAGGCGUUGAUUCCCGAGAGUAUUAAAGUGCCUAUGGUAGGUGGUAAUCUGAAGCCGGAUCCGUUGGAUAAGCCCAGAAGACGCGGUCGUGAGGAGCGGAAGGAAAUCUUCAAACGAGAAGUGGAAAUUACCAAAAGAUUUCUGGAGAAAGUUAAUAUAGAGGUUCCAAUCAUCAAAAAGUCGGGCCAACAAGGAUCGAUAAUGCAACAACAGCAUCAACAGCAGAAGCAGCAACAACAACAACAAUAUCAAUCAAAGAUUCAAAUACAAGAAGUUCAGAAACCUGCGACACUUGAUUUUAACGACAAAAGGAAAAAAGCUCAAAACUUUAAGGAGAUUGUUCAAACGACACCUACGACAAGUAGUCUUACUGGAAGUCCCAAAUUGCCGAGACAUCAAAAAGUUCGUGAUUUGGAAGGUUCGCGAACACCCAGUCCAUCGUCCGUAUCUAGAAAAAGUAGUUUCGCUUCAUUAUUUAAGACUAGAGCCGACGGUAACAUAUUGAGCCCAGAAUCACCAUCACCUAGCACAAAGCCACGACGGAGUCUGACAUCGAAAUUGAAGGACACUACGGAGAGUUUGAGAAGUCGUUCAAAGUCACGCGAAAGAGUUUCUGUUGACAAGGGUUCGAUCUUGAAAAAAGAUUCAAAGAAUAAAGGGGUGUUUUCGUCUACGCUGAGUUUAUUUAAGAAACGUGAAAGGAAGAAGAGCUACGAUGAGGCAAUCGCGGCUUCGUGCGAUCUUGAAGUCGCUAGUGGAGAUGAACACCCGUCUCUAGAGAGCAUCGGUCACGUAGAGUUUACGUUCAACAUGGAAAAGGAAAAGAAUCGUCAGGAUGAUUCGAUCUUUAUUAGUCUGCAUGCCGAUGACAGAAAUUACGAGGAAGCCUUGCCAUCAGAGAGUGUCUCGAUACCAUUGGAAACACCGACCAAACUAUUGGACGAGUACGAGUCUGAGGGACCGCAUACGGGUAGUAUAAUUACAGAGGUGUCCAUUGAGCACCAUCCAUCGUCGAUUGCCAAGAUUAGGACCGAGGCGCAGAUUGAAUCAGUUACGGCGACGCAAAUUGCAUCCAGAAGUUCGUCCAGAGAUAGCCAGCUGUCGCAGAGCGAGCCAAAAGAUUCGUAUACACUAAAAAGUUCGUUGAGGGACUCGAAGAUCAGUGCGCAGGCUAACAAAAUAGUCGGAACGCCGCCACUAGUCAAGUCAUCGACUACGGUUAAAUCAGAUAUUAAACAGGCGAUUACAUCGGAAAUUAAAUCGACAGACUUACGAACGUUGCCUGGUGGCUUGUCAAGAGAGUCUACCGGCAAAAAACCGGACAUAACAAAGCCAAAGAGAAAAAGCAAAGAAAUUCAGCAGCAGCAGCAGCAGCAGCAGCAGCAGCUAGAACUAUCUGAGAGGAUAAGCGACGAUGUAGCGAUGCAACAGAAAAGAGUAAGCUCGGGCGAGCCUUCUCGAGAAACUAAAAGACUCGAUCAUCUCGAUGAUAAGAUUGGCAAGUCGUUGGAACAGGAAGUUCUAGUAAAAGCGCCUAGUGUGAUAUCCGAUCUGGAUCAUAACAGCUCCGAAUCCGAAAGAGAUUCGGAGAUUGAGUUUAUUCGCAAUAAGGUCGAGAAAUUAACCGAGGAGCUACCAGACGAGCGAAAGGGUCUCUUCUAUGAGGAGAGUUUUGAGGAGGAUCUUCCAUAUGUACCGACGACCCUGCCAUUAGAGAAGAGCGUAGCUGUACCCAUUCUACCAGUUAAACAACGACUUCAGGAAGUAAGAACAAUUCCAAUCGAGAGACCGCGCUCAACGACGCCAAUAAACCCGACCUUGUUGGAUGAGUUUGUAAUGCAGACAUCGCUGGAUGAGAGGCGUGUGGAGCGGAUGAAAAUAUCUCUGCCGCGAGAGGAUAGCUUCAAGUUGAAGAGUCCGCGACGGCAAUACACCAGUACAGCGAAUACGUUCACAGAAUUUGCGGGCAAGGUGCCACCGGAUGGCGGCCGCAAAGGCGCUACUAAUCAAGGGAAAUCACCUAGUCCACCUCCACUGCCACCGAGAGCAUCAACAGCAGCAUCAACAGCGACCACGGCGGCAGCAGCAACGGCAGCAGCAGCAGCAGCAUCGUCAUCAUCAUCAUCAUCAUCAGCAACAUCAGCGACAGCAGCAGCACGGCUGAGCAACUGGAUCAACUUCGAAGAGAUACCAGAGAAGCGAAAAGCACCGAAACGGAUACAGACGAUACCGCGGCCAGAGGAUGAGAUCGCAAAGACUGUCAGCGGUGGUUACAACUAUGUGCAACCGGAAGAGUGCAAGUGCGAGUGCCACGAGGAAUCUAGGCGAGCGUCCAUGCGGGAGGCAGCGGCGGUGGCAACGGCUACAGCUGUCGCCGCCACAGCUGCCACCGGUACCACCAGUACCAGUACCAGAACUUCCUCUUGCAGCAGUAACGGCGAGCGACCGUGCAAUGGCGAAAACUGUACGGUGCCGACCGUUGGCGGCGGUAGUUCGGUCGAUCGCGCCAGUAUCGUCAGUGACAGUUCGCUGGAGUGUUCGCUGAGUCUCGACGACAGUCAGAGCACGCAGGUGCUUCUCGGCAACUCGACGAAACCCUUCGCAAUGGAUCUCGACGUGCGUUCCAACAGGUCGAGCAUCAUAUCGCAGGAGGAAAACGACGAGAAUCAGCACCAAUAAUAAUUAAUAUAAUAAUUGUAAUAGUAAUACUCGCAUAGAGCGCACUUACGCCUUAGAAUCUUUGGAUUUUUCUUUUCUACGUGUGGAAAGAUUAAUCCGAGUUCUUCUGCAACGAGUCAAAGAACGAUUCGAUUCCGAAAGAGAUGUGCGCCAUCGUCGAUCGCGUUCUCCCGUCGCAUUUUCUUUUUCUAUAAGAAAACUUUUCAAAACCGGGAAACUGAACCUUAUUGAAUGAUGUCGGAAUCUGUUUUCCGCUCUUUGGUAGAUCGUAGCAGGCGCGCGAUCAAACUUCCGAUAGUUGAAAGUACAUGUGUAUGUACAUCGCUACGCGCUCUCGUGUCUUCGAAAUCGAUUUUCGAAAUGUCUUUCGUCUUCGGCGUCAUGCAAUUGUUUAUCUGUACAACAAUGUACGUCAAUCGGACCAUUUUCGUACAAUCGCACCGCGUCAGAUUUACAAAUCACUGUUAAUAUACACUUUCGCAUGAUACUUUCGCGAUAGAAUUAUGUAUCACUGCAGCAGUACAUUGCGAAUUCUUUCUUUUCGUUCUUAAUUUUCCUCUUUAUUAUUAGUCAAAGUCGCGCUCACAUUAUGAUUCAUUACGAUCGAUUAAUUAUUAUUCCUAAUUCUCCGGCUACUAUCAUUUCUAUUGAAGAUCCCGCCAUUUUGGCCAACAACACGCUAAUCCUACCUCAACGUUCGAUCGCAUUUAAAAAUCUUUAUUAUUCCUAAUUGAAAAGCUCAUUUCUUCAUAUCGUUGAAAGUUGAAACGAUAUUUAAGAGAACGAAAUGAAGAGUAUCGCGUGUUACAAGUUCUUUUCCAAAUACUUAUUUAAGAAUUUUUAGCGAAAAACCGCGGUUAGACGAAAUUUCUUAUUCCUUCUAUUGUGUCUGUACCUUUAAAGUUUAUCAUACGCAUGCACAUAUGUGGUGAUAUUUUGUUAAAGGCAGACAGAUAUUUCGUUAGAGGCACCCAGGAUGGUGGCUCGCUAAUGUUUCUCUACUAAUCAAUCACUAAUUUUCUCUGAUGAGAGAAUCGCAUCGCGUCGCGAAAUUUCGGUGAAACGCUCGGGCAUCGCUCGUAUCUCGUUUUUCUGGGGGGGGGAAAAAAAAAAAAAAAAGGUAGAAAAAGUGAAAUAUAAGCGCGCGCACGUAUACACGCAUGCACAUAUUGGGUGACACAAGUUGACGCAAACAUCACCAUCUUUCUUGACAUUCAGAAAGUAACGAAGACAAAAACUUGUGUCACCAAAUGGAACGCAUAAUUUUGUUAGCUGUUAUAUACUUACACACCGACGCGACGAGACGAGAUCUCGCGGUGUUCGAGUGAGCUUUCGAAGCUUCAUAUCAUGUAGAUAAGCGUAGAUUUAUAUAGACACAUUUAUCUCCGUGCGCACGUUGAUCUUGUAUCGAAAUUAAGAAGUUUAUUCAAUGUUGAACCGGAGGAACCGGUACGAUCAUUUAUUGAUCGAUUGUUUUUCAAAGGAUAGCAUUUACGUAAACGAUUUUACGAUUACUUACUGUAAUGCCAGGCAGGUUUCGCGAACGGUUCGGCUGCCGAUAUCGUAGGCGUUAUAGUCUCAGCGAUUAACGUUGUCAUAAUUAUGAAUACUCGUCGCGGAACACUCGUCGGAAUGUUAUAAAUGCACGUGAAUCAAUCUAACGAGUAUGUACUACUACUGCAUAUGCGGAUUAAACGGCGAAUGUAUACACAGAUUUUUCCAAUUACCGCACUAUCUUGCAGAUUACUUCGAAUCGUUGGCGACUUCUGUCUACUCGCCACGAUCUCUUUGCAUUUUCAUUUUUAGGUCUGGCUUGGCGAGCCAUCAUUUGCUCGAAUAUGUUAAUUUUUAAGAGAGUGAUUUUUUGUCAUUCUCCCUUGGUCGAGACGAGAUGCAUUUAUUAAUCGUACGCGUUUCAUAAGUCUAGCUCUCGUACGAUAGAGAGAAAGACAGUUCUAUAUUAUCUACCUCCUUAAAAAAAAAAAAAAAAAAAGAAAAACAGAAAACUGUACCAAAGAUAAUCGAGUGUCUGUGGAGGGUUGUUUCAUUCACACACGCUUAGAAAAUCAGCCCGAUAACUAGCUCGGUUUGAUCUCUUUUCUCGCG